AAACAACUGCACAGAACCACACAAUGGACGUUGAAGAGCUUCGUCAGAACCUUCGCCACUCGGUGAACUUACUCGGUGCGUUGAACCUCACGAGGGCGGCGAAGUGGGCUGGUGAAGCGCUCGUUGGAUUAAGAGAACCAACAGAGGAGGUAGAAACAUCUGUUAAACAUAAACAGAUACACAACUUCGAAACGUUGCCUCAUAGAGAAAGCGACUGUAUGAUGCUGGCACGAGGGCAGUUCAACUCCAAGGAGUUCAGCAGAUGUGCUUACUCCCUACGGAAGUGCCAAUCCCCCCAGGCUGUGUUUAUGAGAUUGCACUCCACCUACAUUGACGGUGAUAGGAAAAGAGAAGAGGAGAGUCAAGGAAUCCUUGGUGCCAACGACUCAAAAGUGACUAAUGCCAAUGCUCCACAUGUGUUGAAGGAACUAUCAUCGCUCUUGGAGUCCCCACAGUAUAGCGAUGAUCCCUUUUUGUUGUAUCUUUAUGGUGCCCUUUUACUGAAACAGAAGUCUACAGAGUUGGCAACAGAAACACUAAUCAAGAGUAUCAAACUGUACCCUUUCAACUGGAGCUCGUGGAGCGAGCUAAUCACUUCAAUAACGGGCUUGGAUGAAGCUCAGCUGAUACUCCACGAUUUAGAAGUACACUUUGCACAUGAUUUUAGUGCCUUGACGAUGGUCAGAAUUGGUAAGAUUGUCAUUUAUCAGGAGUUGUUUCAACACUUUGAACAACUCUUCAAAGAUUUACAAGGACUAUUAGAGCUGUUUCCAAACUUUGCUUUCAUAAAGACUCAAAGCGCAUUGGUAUCGUACCAUGCCCUGGAGUAUCAACAAGCAGAGAAUACCUUCGACAGCGUACUUCAGCAAGAUCCUUACUGCUUGGACGACAUGGAUACGUAUUCUAAUAUCCUCUACGUUAUGGAUAAGAAGUCCAAAUUGUCAUACUUGGCACAGUUGGCAAACGAAGUGGAUAAGUUCAGACCAGAGACAUGCUGUAUCAUUGCGAACUAUUACUCGUUGAAGUGCGAACAUGAAAAGGCCAUCAUGUACUACCGUCGUGCUUUAGCUCUGAAUAGAAACUGCUUAGCCGCGUGGACAUUAAUGGGCCAUGAAUUUGUCGAGUGUAAGAACUCACACGCUGCAAUUGAAUCAUAUAGACGUGCUAUUGAUACAAACCCUAAGGAUUUUAAAGCAUGGUAUGGUUUAGGACAAGCGUACGAAGUGUUGGAUAUGCAUCUGUACUCAUUGUACUACUACCAACAAGCUUCCAUUAUCAAGCCACAUGAUAGAAGAAUAUGGAUUGCCUUGGGCCAAUGUUUCGAUAAGUUGAAAAAGGUUGAGGAUUCGAUAAUGGCGUAUAAGAGGGCUCUUUCGCUAUCCGAAUACAUCGACCUAUCAAUAGUCUAUAAAUUGGCACUAUUGUACCAAACACUCGGCCAAGAAGCAGAGGUCUAUGCAAAUAUGAGAACCAUAUACGUUGAAGAAGUCAACACCGAGCACCACAGUGAUGAGACAGCGAAGGCCAGAAUAUGGCUCGCUAGACAUGAGAUGAAGCAGGGAAACUAUAGUGAAGCAUAUUCCUACGCGGUGGACUUGACGUAUGGAACCAGUCAGGAGAUUGAAGAUGCAAGAGCCAUAACCAGAGCUGCAAGAAACAAGAUGAAUAAUUGACUAAUUCAUAAUGCUACAACAAGUCAAAUUCUAAACAUUUUAUAAUCAUAAAAAAAGCACAUAAAAGCAUCCAAUAUCAUAGAUGGUCUAAAAAAGAGUGGUG